AUGCUACUGCGAACCGUAAUACGACCAUCCCUCUCCUUUCCUUCGGCAUUCAGAUCUAUAUCCGCUCCUCUACCACGGGCAGCUUUCAAGCGCCCCGUCCUCAUCGCAUUUGGCCUCACGGCUUCCCUUCCGUUCAUACAGCCUUCGUCCAUCAUCCGGCUCGACUCUUCGCCCUACUCACCGCCCCCCGCUGGAGCCGCAGAGUUUAGCAGCACCCCCUCCUCACAAUCCCGCGAUCCCAAAGUUCCUCUUACAAAAGACGGCAAGACAAUCAAUCCUGCCGCAGUUAAGCAAAUAAGCCUGGGUUCUAUUCUGGGAUUGGCUGCGGGACUGGUUGUCUCGGCUUUUUCCACGAGCCUGACAUUCCUGAUCGGAUUGGGAAUUGUAAUCUGGCAGCUUGCCGCUCGAAAAGGAUACAAUAUUAUACCGGUGGAUCGUUUGCAACGAUACUUCAAGAAUAUCGAUCUGCGCAGUGCAAUCAAUGACAACUUGGCCUUCAAAAUCAGCUUCGGCCUCAUGUUUGCCCUUUCCGCUUUCGGUGAGUUUUAA